CAUAGUCCACCUUGCAGGCCCCCACAAAGAUCAAAUUUCAACGGCUGUGUUCCACUUGCUUUGAGUGUGCACUUCACUAUGGACCACAGAAGGGAUGCGGGCCACAGCAGAAACGCGGACAAGAAUUCCCUCCGGCUCCAUGAUGACAGAUGACAGAAGCACUAUGCUGUGCAUCCUCGAGGAGCCUCAAAUGCGACGAGAAGGCGAGAGGCUUCGAACAUUUCACAGCUGGCCGCCAGACGCUCCCGUCACAUGCGGCGACCUGGCCAAGGCGGGAUUUUUCUUCUUAGGUCCGGGAGAUAAAGUCCAGUGUUUCUGUUGCGGCGGCGUCCUGAGAUGCUGGGUGCAAGGGGACAGCCCGGCUGCCGAGCACAAGCGGCAUUUCCCCAUGUGCAGCUUCAUUCUGGGCCACGCCGUGGGAAACAUCCCGCUGCUGAGCGGAUCGCCAGACUCUGUGGACGGACAGCUGCUGAGUCAACUCCAAAGGAUGACCAUGGACGACCAGGGCGCGGCGGGACAAGCCGUCUACCCCGAGAUGGAGGCGGAGGAUUCCCGGCUCACGACUUUCCACAACUGGCCCGCAGAGGCCUCAGUCCAGCCAGAUGUUCUCGCCAGGGCUGGAUUUUUCUACACAGGUCAUGGCGACAACGUCAAGUGCUUCUACUGUGACGGGGGUCUAAGGAACUGGGAGCCAGGAGACGACCCUUGGCAGGAACACGCUAAGUGGUUUCCACGUUGUGAAUUUUUAAUCCAGUCAAGAGGACAGGAAUAUAUUAGCAACAUCCAGGAUGCUCAUUUCCAUUUGGGCGACACUGUUGGUGGCUCACAAACAUCCACAGGCAGAGAAAUUGGCUCCAGAAAUGAUGUGGUUGGCGGCCUGACAGCGUCGUCAGUGAUGCUCUCGCCGGUGGUGCAGACGGUGCUCCAAAUGGGCUUUGAAGCCAGCCUGGUGGAGAGUCUGGUCCAGACCAAGUACCUUUUGACAGGCCAACAGUACUCGCACGUGUCGAGCCUGGUCAGUGAUGUGCUGCAAGCUGAGGAGGAGGACAGGCAGAGAAGGCCGCAGAGCCGAGAACCUGACCGGAGGCAAAGAUCUGAUGCUGCGGACAUGAGGACGCUAUCACCACUGAGAGACAAAGUCUCAGGGGUGAGGGAACCUAGUCCUGAAGAGCUCCUGCGGCAGUUGCAGGAAGAGCGGACUUGCAAGGUCUGCAUGGACAAACUGGUGUCCAUCGUGUUUAUCCCGUGCGGUCAUCUGGUGGUGUGUGCCGACUGCGCGGCCAGCUUGCGACACUGCCCCAUCUGCAGAGCCGUAAUCAGAGGCAGCGUCCGGGCUUUCAUGUCAUGAGAAGACCAAAUCCAGCAUCUGCCUGACAAAUUGCGCAUUUCCACUUGUGGGUUGCUGCUUUUGUCAGCAGUUACUACAUUAACGAAAAACUGAAAUCUACAAUAAACAUUUGAGGCUGCUCAGAAUUGCAGAUUGAAU